UACCAAAAAACAAACGACAUUUUUAACCAUUGGCGCUCUUUUUAAAGAUCUUUUCCGGGUAAAUUAAAUUUUGAAGUUUCAACUGUUCUACUGUUUAACCUAUUAAUAAAUUAAAUCAAACUAAUGUGAACACCAUAACCCACUGUUUCUCCUUUCCAAUGGAGAAUAAGAACCAAAAUUAACAUCAUUUCAUCAACAAAAUCGCUUUAUCUCCUCCAUUUAAGCACCUUCAAUGGCGACUCGCAAAAGGGUUCGUGCUUUUCGCUAUGCUCCCCCUCCUCUCCGUGCUCCCGAUGGAAGCGCCUUCAUGAAUUGUGAAAAAUGUGGAGUGUCGGUGGCAAUUGCAUUAAUGGAUAUGCAUGAUUGCAAAAGGAAGAAAGAUGUGAAGAAAUUUAAAGGGAAUUCUAAGCCUUCAAUUCCUGAAAAAAUUCUGAUUUCGGAGCAACCCAGAUCGCCUUUUAUGUUUUUCAUGGAAAGUUAUUCAAAAUCUUGCAAAAGUGGUCAAAAUUCGAUUGAGGUUAAUCGUGAAGCUGUUGAGAAAUGGAAGAAAAUGUCUACCAAGGAGAGAUGGCCAUAUAUUCUUCAAGCACAAAAAGUGGAUAUGGUUUAUAUGAAUAUUCUUCGUCAAGAAGAAAUCCAACUUUCUCAAGACGGUGAUGAUGAAGCAGAUUCAGCAAAAGGCACUCAGUAUGGUUCUGAAUACUCGGAUGACUAUGAUUCUGAAGAAAGUGAAGGUUGGAACAAUUUGCGAUGCCAAUUGCACAAGAGCUGUUUCUGCAUUGAAGUGAAAUGAAGAGAUACUAAUGGUCUUGGUAUUUCCUACUUUAUCCAAGGCAAGUCAUUUUGGAUAUUUAUGUACAGUCUAGGGUUUGAUUAUGUACAGGGCUUUUUGUCUAUAUUUUCCCUGGAUCUAUAAUCUUAAUCUAAGGUUCAUUAGGACUACUAAAUUAGUUGUAAGAUAUCAGCUAAUUUUGGGGUGAUUUUGCUACAAACUUGCCCUUUUGAGGCAUUUUUGCACCCAUUGUUUGAGUUUUGCGUAGUGCUCCACUUUGUAUUUGCGACUAUCAAUCUUUAGUGGAAGUUUUAUUAAUUCUGGCUUUGAAGAGAUUUUGUCUUAAUGCUUUUUGGUUUUUGUCUGUCUUUGAAUUAACUAUUAAAAGUAAAAGUGUCAUAUUGCGAGAUAAAUAUGACUUUCAGUAGUAAAGUUAAAAAGACUGUAAAAUGCGAUUAGUUCUGUAAUGAACUUUUAAGCAAUUGAAUUUUAUAUGAACUUCAUCAUGUAUUUCGCAUUUGUCUAUAUUUAUUGUUAAUCGAUA